AUGGCUGACGUACCACCUCCUUCACUGUCCGAACUCAUGCAAAUGGUAGCUGAGCUCCAACAAGCUAACCAACGGAUGGCUGACGAGAACCAAAUAAUGGCUGCUCAAAUUGCUGAGCUAAAUCAUGCUCGGAUUGAACACAACGAUACUCAUCGCGAACAAGCAGAAGACGAGGAACAUCAGUCCCAGCCGACUCAUGUUUCAGAUACCGCUCAACAUGAAGAGCAGCAGCCCGAGGACGAGAAAGAGGAGUCCGAGGACCUUGUAGGCCCAUUCACGGAAGAAGUAAUGAACUUCGAGCUGCCGAAGAGGUUCACCCUGCCAUUGACCCUCACGCCUUAUGAUGGACUCGGAGACCCAAGGAAGUUCCUAAAGAAAUUCCGAUCAAUAAUGAUCGUCAAUGGUGCAUCAGAUAAAGUUUUAUGUCGUUGUUUUCCAAAUUAUUUAGACGGUCCUACACUUGAUUGGUUGUGUGCUUUGCCUGCAGGUUCCAUUUCGCGCUUUCAUCAGCUGGCGAAGUUAUUCGAAGAACAUUUCGCCGGAUCCGCAAUAUAUUUGCACGAUUCCGAUUACCUGAAUACCAUCAAGCAAGGACCAAACGAAAGCUUAAAGGACUAUAUGACUCGCUUUACCAAGGUCGCAAUCAGCAUACCAGAUCUCCACCCCGAGGUCCAUCUGCACGCAAUUAAAAGCGGCCUCCGACCCGGGAAGUUCCAGGAAACGAUCGCAGUAGCAAAACCGAAGACUCUAGCAGAAUUCCGAGAGAAAGCAAAAGGACAAAUUGACAUCGAGGAACUCAGACAAGCUCGGAAGUCUGACAAGUCACACUUCCGUGAAGAAGAUAAGAACUCAUCCAUUAAGAAAAAUUUUAAACUAACACCUCGCUUUGAUUCUUACACGCAGUUCAACACCAAGAGGGAAGACAUAAUAAAGGAGAUCUUGAACUCCAAACUAAUCAAGCCACCAAGAAAGGCCGGCACAUACCAAGAUGCAAAGAACGUGGACAAAUCAAAGUACUGCGCUUUCCACCAGAAACACGGCCAUAAUACCGACGAUUGUGUGGUUGCCAAAGAUCUUUUAGAACGACUAGCAAGACAAGGACACCUAGACAAAUACAUUGGCGGUCACAUCCAAAAGCGUGGCCCUAGUUCCACAACAAACGAUCUCCCUGAACAAAACCGAGGAAAAGAAAAGGCAUCUUCAAACCAAUAUGAAAGACCACGAGGUAUAAUCAAUUGUAUUUCAGGAGGAUACGCAAGUGGAGGUUACUCAAACUCGGCAAGAAAAAGAUCGUUCAGAGCAAUAUGCUCGGUAGACGGACCAAAACAAGAUGUACCAAUCAUUAAACAACCAGAAGUCACUUUCACACAUGCCGACUUUAACUCUAACAUACAGAAUUUGGACGACCCUGUGGUAAUCACACUCCAGCUAGGAGACCUGUUAGUGAAAAAAGUCCUUUUGGAUCCCGGAAGCAGCGCCGAUGUUCUGUUUUACUCCACAUUUCAAAAGAUGAAGCUCAGCGACAACGUGCUACAGUCCACAGGAGGCGACUUGGUCGGCUUCUCAGGAGAACAAGUUCCAAUACUCGGAUCAGUGUGGUUACAGACCACACUGGGUGAGCAACCCCUUUCAAAAACUAAUGAUAUUCAAUAUUUAGUUGUCGAUUGUUUCAGCCCAUAUAAUCUUAUUCUCGGCCGCCCCUUUUUAAAUAAGUUCGGCGCCAUUGUAUCUACAGUUCAUCUCUGUGUAAAGUUUCCACUGCAGGACGACCAGGUUGCAACAAUACAUGGCGACCAUAAAGAGGCACGGCAUUGUUACAACAUCAGCAUGAAAUUCCAAAAUCGCUCAACACAACAAGUCAACAACGUCGGCCUCAACCAAAAGGAGCACACGCUAGCCGAAUUGGACCCAAGAGCUGAUUUCCUUGAUCGGCCAAAACCCUCAGAUGACCUACAAAAAGUAUACUUCAACAAUGACCCUAAUAAAUUCACAUAUGUAGGUUCCUCAAUCGAUGCAUCGGAGUUACAGACCAUAACAACUUUCCUGCAAGAAAAUGCCGACCUUUUCGCGUGGAAACCAUCAGAUAUGCCCGGAAUCGACCCACAGGUUAUCAGUCAUGAACUAGCAAUAAACUCGGCAAUCCGACCAGUGCAACAGAAGAAACGCAAGCUCGGCGAAGAGAAAAAGCAAGCGUCACUGCAAGAAACACAAAAGCUCAUCAACGCCGAAUUUAUCAAAGAAAUCAGAUUCACCACCUGGUUAGCAAAUGUGGUAAUGGCUACGCUACUCUAA